GAGGCGGUGGCUGUGGCGGAAGCGGCGGCGGGGCAAGAUGGCGGCGCCCAGGGAGGCGGGCGGGGAGGCGGCGGUGGCGCAGCGCAUCGACCCGGCGCGGGAGCCGGGGCUGAGCCCGGAGCAGCGCCGCUUCAUGGCGCAGGUGGAGCUCGCCCAGCGCCAGCGAGCCCUGCAGAGGCGGCUCCGAGGCCGCAACGUGCUGCUGGCGCUGGGCAUCGGCGCCGUGACGGCGGGGAUCUACGGCUACACCUUCUACUCGGUGUCGCAGGAGCGCUUCCUGGACGAGCUGGAGCUGGAGGCGGAGGCGGCGCGGGCCCGGGCCGUGGAGCGGGAACGGAGCGCGGCCACCUGAGGGCGGCCCGGGCCCGGAGCAGGGCGUGAGGCGGCGGGGGGAGCGGCCCCGGGCCGGGCACGGAGCACACGGGUGGGCCCACCUCGGCCUGCGGGGGCCCCGGGGCUUCCCCUGCGGGCAGGGCGCUGCCCCCACCGGGACCGGGACCGGGCUGGGGGCGCGCUCCGGGCCGGGCGGGGGCUGUGCCGGCCGGCCCUUAACGCAAUAAACGCCUCGUGACUGGA